AUGCAGAAGGGCAGCAAAGACAUCGUGCAAGCUCUGUUGUCGGCUUAUGGAACCAGCAAAGAGGCAUCAUAUCACGAUUGUAGUGAUGGAGAUGAAUGCACACCUCUAGUUUACGCUGCAAAACUUGGACACACUGAAGCAGUAAAGUUAUUAUUGACUCACGGCUCUCGUUUGAUCACCAGCGACAAGGAAUGCGGCCAAAAUGCACUACACUGGGCUUCGCUCAAUGGUCAUCACCUCACAGCGCGUGCUUUGUUAGCCGCCUCAUGUGAAUUGUUGAACACAUCCAACAGACUCGGACAAACGCCCCUACAUCUCGUCUGUUUACAUGAGCGCGCUCACGUCGUCACUGUUUUAUUGCAAAAUCAUAGCAUUGAACGCGACAAAGCUGAUUUGCGUGGCGAAUCACCUCUUACAUAUAGUGCCAAAAAAGGGCAUAUAUCUGUCAUGAAGCUUUUGUUAGACACUCGCGCUGUGGACUUAGACUCCACUGACAAAGAUGGGCAAUCGCCGCUUUGGUGGGCUAAUCGAGAGGGCAAGGAGGAGGCCGUGCAACUUCUACUCAGAUAUGGUGCACGUCUUGAUAAGGAAGACCAGUUCGGCAGG